UUAAGGUCAAGUAGGAUUGUAAAAUGAUCUUUUAUAAGGUGAUAAUUGGGUGCAUGAUGCAAGGUUAUGAUGAAGUUUAUCCAUAUGGUUAUCUCAGGCUCUAUUAUACAGUGUGUGUAUGAUGUUAUUAUCGGUUGUAGUACGAAGUCUGCGUAUUGCUAUGGGGUGUGCUAUGAAGUGUGUGUAUGAGGUUAUUAUGGAGAGUAUUCAUUAUGGAGUGUGCUUGAGGUUAUUAUGGAGAGUAUUAAUUAUGGAGUGUGUGUAUGAGAUUAUUAUGGAGAGUAUUAAUUAUGGGGUGUGUGUAUGAGAUUAUUAUGGAGAGUAUUAAUUAUGGAGUGUGUGUAUGAGGUUAUUAUGGAGAGUAUUAAUUAUGGAGUGUGUGUAUGAGGUUAUUAUAGGGUGUGUGAUAGGAGCUGUGCUCUGUGUUUCAGAGCAGCUGGUGCUGGGGGCAUACAGUGAGCCGUCUCAGAGCUGGGACCGCGACUAUGACCACUUCCUGCUGCCACUGCUGGACGCCCAGGAGCCCUGCUACAUCCUGUACCGGCUGGACUCUCAGAAUGCACAAGGCUAUGAGUGGCUCUUCAUCUCCUGGUCGCCUGACCACUGCCCUGUGAGGCUGAAAAUGGUGUAUGCUGCCACAAGGGCCACUUUGAAGAAGGAGUUUGGUGGAGGUCAUGUGAAAGAUGAAAUGUUUGGCACAGUUCAG